UCCUCUCCGCGGUGACAGAGGCAGAGCAGAGGCAGAGCAGAGGCGGGGAGCUGCCCCAUCAUCGUCUCACACAGAAAGGUGUGAAAUAUCGGUCGUUUCGACGUCGCGGAGACAAAACACGGAGACGGCGCUGUUGUGAUAAUGCUGUCACACCCUGAACAUCUUCGUGUCAGCGGAGAUAUGGAGACACCGGGGAGGAUAGCAGCCACACCAGAUGCCCUGGACGUCACGGUGGAAAACGUGGAGAAGGCCCUCCACCAGUUGUACUAUGAUCCCAAUAUAGAAAACAAGAAUCUGGCCCAAAAAUGGCUAAUGCAGGCUCAGGUCUCGCCUCAGGCCUGGCAGUUUUGCUGGGUCCUGCUGAGCCCAGAUAAGGUGCCUGAAAUCCAGUAUUUUGGUGCUAGUGCACUUCACACCAAGAUCUCUCGUUAUUGGUCAGACAUACCCUCAGACCAGUAUGAGUCUCUGAAGACCCAGCUGUUCUCCCAGAUUGCCUGCUUCUCCUCUGGCUCCAAGAUGGUGCUCACUCGCCUGUGUGUGGCCCUGGCCUCUCUGGCACUCAACACAAUGCCCGAGUCCUGGCCGGGUGCAGUGGCAGAGAUGGUGCGGGUGUUCCAGGAGGAGGGGUGUGGGGUGGAUGGGCGGGCACGCUGCCUGGCGCUGCUGGAGCUUCUCACUGUCCUGCCUGAAGAGUUCCAGACCAGCCGCCUGCCACAGUACAGAAAGGGACUGGUUCGGGGCGCCUUGGGCCAAGAGUGGGGGUCAGUUUGUCCCUUACUGCAGCAACUGCUGAGGCGGACAGACAGUCCCGGGGCAGUGAAAGCUCGUGUGCUGCGCUGCCUGUCUUCCUGGGUGCUGCUGGAUGUUCCCCUCAGCGAGAGUGAAGCCCUGGUGCAUGACUGCUUCGCUGCACUGCCUGACCCUGAGCUCUUCGACACAGCAGUUGAGGCAAUAGUCAAUGCCAUCUCACAGCCCGACUCCCAAAGAUAUGUGAACACUUUGCUGAAACUGGUGCCUCAAGUGCUGGCCCUCCAGGAGCAGCUCAGAGAGGCUGUUCAGAAUGGAGACAUGGAGACCUGUCAUGGUAUCUGCCGGAUCGCUGUUACACUAGGAGAGAACCACUCCAGGACUCUGUUGGAGCAGGUGGAUCACUGGCAAAGCUUCCUGGCUUUAGUCAACAUGAUCAUGUUUUGUACAGGAAUUCCUGGCCACUACCCAGUCAACGAAACCACAAGCUCCCUGACACUUACCUUCUGGUACACACUUCAAGAUGAAAUCAUGUCGUUUGAGUCAGAUAAGCAGGCAGUUUAUCUGCAGGUCUACAGGCCAGUGUAUUUCCAAUUGGUGGACGUUUUGCUACACAAAGCCCAGUUUCCAUCUGACCAGGAGUAUGCAUCCUGGUCCUCAGAUGAGAAAGAGCAGUUCAGGAUCUACAGGGUGGAUAUCUCAGACACACUCAUGUAUGUGUAUGAGAUGCUUGGAGCAGAGCUGCUGAGUAACCUGUACGAUAAACUGGGGCGACUGUUGACAAAUGCAGAGCAGCCCACGUCAUGGCAGCACACAGAAGCUUUGUUGUAUGGCUUCCAGUCCAUAGCAGAGACGAUAGAUGUGAACUACUCUGACGUCAUCCCGGGCCUAAUAGGACUCAUUCCCAGAAUCAACAUCAACAACGUCCAGUUAGCAGACACAGUGAUGUUUACAAUAGGUGCUCUGGCUGAAUGGCUGGCAGAUCACCCGGUGAUGCUCAGCAGCGUUUUGCCGUUGGUUCUUCAGGCUUUAGGGAACCCAGACCUCUCUGUGUCCUCUGUCUCUACACUGAAGAAAAUUUGUCGAGAAUGCAAAUAUGACCUGCCACCUUACGCAACCAACAUAGUAGCUGUCUCUCAGGAGGUGCUUAUAAAGCAAAUCCACAAGACGAGUCAGUGCAUGUGGCUGAUGCAGGCUCUGGGCUUUCUGCUCUCCGCUCUCCCCGUCGAAGACAUCUUAAGAAACCUUCACUCUCUCAUCACGCCAUACAUUCAGCAGCUGGAGAAGCUAGCGGAUGAGACGCCUAAUCCCUCUAAUAAAUUAGCAAUCAUUCACAUACUGGGGCUGUUGUCCAACCUGUUCACUACACUUGACAUCAGCAAGCAGGAUGAUGAGACAGCAGAAGGAUCAGUGCCACCUGUCAAAACAGCCCCACCUCCACCAGGACCGAACCCGGUGGUGGUGGUUUUGCAGCAGGUCUUUGCUCUCAUACAGACUGUCCUCAGCAAGUGGCUCAAUGACUCGCAGGUUGUAGAGGCUGUUUGUGCCAUCUUUGAGAAGUCUGUGAAGACUCUGCUCCAUGACUUUGCUCCUAUGGUUUCUCAGCUAAGUGAGAUGCUUGGGCAGAUGUACAGUACGAUUCCCCAGGCUCCGGCCCUCGACCUCACACGACAGAUGGUGCAUAUAUUUGCUAGUGAGACAGACCACUUCCCACCCAUCAAAGCUCUGUUUGAGCUGGUUACCUCGGUUACACUGUCCAUCUUCCAGCAAGGACCCAGGGAUCAUCCUGAUAUUGUUGAUUCAUUUAUGCAACUCCAAGCUCAGGCCCUCAAACGGAAGCCCGAUUUGUUCUUGUCUGAGAGUCUUGACGUGAAAGCAGUGUUCCACUGUGGAGUUCUGUCACUCAAAUUUCCCGAAUCUCCGACAGUCAAGUCAACGUGCUUGUUCUUUACCGAGCUGUUGUCUCGCUGCUCAGAUGUGCCUCCGUUGGCCAGAGUGGUGCAGGAAGAAGGCAAGCUAUUGGUGCAGGCCUUGUUGGAGGGCAUCGGUGGCGGAGCAUCUAGGAGUCUGAUGGACCAGUUUGCUGAAGUGCUCUUUUCUAUGAACAAGCACUGCUGUUCUCUGCUUGUUGUGUGGUUGAAGGAGGCGCUGCAGCUUCAAGAUUUUCCAUCGACUCGGGUCACAGAUAUACAGAAGGCCAACUUCUCACAGCAGAUACUCCGAGAACGAGUGAAUAAAAGGAGGGUAAAGGACAUGGUGAAGGAGUUCACACUGUUGUGCAGAGGGCUCCAUGGGACGGAGUACGCUGCUGAAUACUGAAACUCUACCUACCCUUGAACUCUCACCUAAACGUGACCUCUGCCCUCAGUGCAAACCAGCUGGAUGCCACAACAACGCAGUUCUCACCAACACCGUCAGUGACGCAAACCAUGAAAUGAUUGUAAAGAUUACCUGCCCUGCCACAAGACAAGACAUGGAACCAUUCCCGCACAGACCUGCCGUCAGAUUAAUGGACAAACAUUUAACCUUCGGUGGUUUUCGGGAGGCUGACCUCUUGGCCCGAUUUUUGUUUUCUCCUCUGAGGUUGAUAGUUUCUCCUCUCCUUUCAAUGCCUUUAUUCUUUUUGGAAGAGCUCUGAGCAGCACAUCCAGCAUGCUGCCUCAUGCCUCCUUCUCCUUCUCUGUCUUGUUCUGCCUUUUUAGAUCUUCCUGUGGUCCCUAGGUUGUUUCCUGGUGAUUAGCAUCCAUAUGAAAUGGUAGUGGUAUCGUACGUAGCAACUUGACAUUAUUUUUCAAAAGCAGAAUCAAAUUAAGUAUAUAAAUGUAUAUGUAUGCAUAUAGAAAGAAGGUGGUUGACAGUCCUGCUGCUGCUAAUGGGAAGACAGAAGAAGCAAUAUCAGGAGGAGAUUCUGCAGGAAAAAAAGGUGCAAAAUGCAAAUCAAUGAGCCAGCAUGUCAGUCUGAAACAAAUUUCAUAGUAACGGUGAUCAUGUCCACAAAAACAAACAUUUACCAUGAAUGAAUCAAGUAACUGUGAAUCCAAGAAGAGAAGGUCUUUGGUAGUAAAAACCUGGGGUGAUGCCUUCAACUGGACGCUUCAAACUACUCUCUGCCACUAACGCUUGGCUUGUUACUUGCAGUGUCUGUUACUGCCCAUAAACGUGUUAUUAGGACUUCCUGAAUGCAAACCUUUCAGAAAACAGACAAGGUUAAUAGGAAAAAUAACAAAUAGAAAGAAAAGAAAUAGGAAAAAUCAAAGUGUUGGAAUUCAGUUUUAUUGAAUUUAAGUCUGCAUGAGUACACUGAACAGGUCAUGAGUAUGAUGGGUAAGGUCACAUGGGCUCAUUUUGUGAAAACAACUCCAUUUGAACACAGCAUACUUACAAUAUGUACUUGAUCCAGUGGUUCAAGGAGUACUUGAAGGUCCGGUGUGUAGGAAUUAGUGACAUCUAAAGGUGAUACUGCAGAUUGGAACAAACGGAGGACUCUGCUCACCUCCCCCUUCCCUAGCUUGCCAGUGAACUACAGUGGCCUGUGCAGAUCAGAACACUCUUCUUAAGUCUCUCCACUCGUUCACUCUCUGCGGUUUCCUUUUUCCUCUUUUUUGGUUUAUGUGGGGCAGUGCUCCUCUUCAUUUGUGUAGUGAGUUUCCACUUCAUAACACAAAAUACCCCUCUGUUUGGGUUGUAGAAACAUGGUGGUACAAGCUGGUGAUGUCUGUGAAACAAGGCCCCUGCAUUAAGUACAUAAAAGGCUCUUCUAAAAGCUAUGGAAACCAAAAGAUUGUUAUUUCAACAGGGUUAAACACUUACAUUGACAAAUUUAUUGGUAGUUCAUUCAAUUUCUAUCAAUCGACCCUCCUCAAUGUUGCACACUGGACCUUUAAAGGCAACAUGCAUUCUAGCUACCAAGACAGUGGCCCGAUAAUGACACAGGAGCACAGAGAGGACUGUGAUCACGCUCUGCUUUAGACUUUAGUACUCUACUGCACUGUAGAUAUACAUGGGUUAAAAUUUGUUUCCCAACAUCUUAUAAGGCUGAGUGUUGCAUAUUGUACCUUUACUUCAACAUUUACUCCUAUGAAUACCACUAAGAAGUUGGUAUUGCCAAAUUGUCAUGCAAAUAUUUUAUGUAUGCCUCUCUGGGAGGGGUUGACUGGAGGAAACAAACCUAAGAAUAUGACUUGGACUAAAACAGUCUGCCCUUUUGCCCAGCUCUCUGUGUAAAGGGCCAUACCUCACACACUCCCACCCAGUCACACUGCAGUCUUCUUGGAUUGUAUAGAGUAGUUCUUUUGCAGUGGUCCCUUAGGUAAAGCAGGACUGCCUAUAGUGAGGACAAUAGUCGCUGGCAGCUGGAAGAAGGCACAGGACUGAAUCGGAGAGGAUGAAUAAUCCUGAUGUUGGACUGCUUAGUCACUGUAAUCGUGCAAAAAUAUUAAUCAAGUUGUGAAUAUUAACAGUAAUUGCUGAACACUUAUUUGUAUUUGAGUGUAUGCGUGUGUUCAUACCUGUAUGAGAGGUUGUGUGUGUGCACAGAUGUAACUUUUUUCACUUGUUCAGUGCACUUAUAUUGGACCUACAGUACACAUCCUUCCUCUUCUCUUUUAAACAAAGACCCUAUUUGUUUUUUGUUAUUUUCCUCGUCCUCUUCCUCACACUAUACUCAUUGGGAAUACAUCAUUGUUACAGGCCGAUCAGGCACAUCCAGUUCUUCACUGGAUGCUCUUCUACUCAUCACCACCAUUCAUUGAACGUCCUUAUUAUCUGGAUAAUCAUCUCGGUUAUAUUCCUGUUUUUGACACCAACAAUGUUUGCCAUCAAGCAACCCAAAAUGUUUUCAUUUAUCUGGGUCCCUGCUUUGGAGAGGACCAAGAAGGAUUAGAGUUUAGUGACUGAGAAAGUUAUUUUGGCAUUUCCAACAAGAAUCGGCACCGACAUUCUGUUCUCAAGCUCGGAGACAUUAUUGAUGAAGUGAUGCAACGGCUGUAAAAUACAGUCUGAAGGAGUAGCAGGAGCAGUUGACAUCUAAUGACACUCACCAUCAAAACGUACUGUGUGGUCUCUGAUAAAACUUAAUCUCAGUCUAAUCCUUCUGUCUUAUCCAAGGUGCCUGCAGACAUGUAGCAUGUGUGUGUUUUGAGGGGGUAGGGGUUCUGGGUUCAGGGGACAAACAUUCAGUGUGGAAGACACUGUAGAGAGACAUGAUUUUGAUUGAGACUGGAGGCAAAAAUCAGUUCUGAAGUUAGAGCUGCCCUGCCACCAUGUCUGGUUUGAACUGUGAAUGACUGGCUGUUAAAACACUGAUCUCCUCUUGUCUGUAAUGUGGUCUCAUUCUGAGGUGAGAAAUAAAAUAAAUGUUCGUCAGGUUAAAGAAAGGAGUGGUAGGAGGGGCGGGUGAUAUGAAAUGUACAUUGUUUUUUUUUGUACCUUGGCUUUAAUUUAUUAAAUAUAUCUAAGACUGCA